CGCAAAAAAGAUCUAGCAACUCCUUAGACUAUAUCUUUUUUCCUUUCUUGGCCUUCGAAUAAAUAAUGUAUACUGCUUCUUGGUGAAUGGUGUGAAGAUCGUCUUACAGCUAAAAUCUUGAAGAAAUGGUGAUGGCUUGCAGAAACAAAAUGAUGAUGCCCUAUCCAGAUCACAAUAUCAAGUUCCCCAAGUCUCCAUUGUAUGUUGAUCUCGGUCGAGCAUCAGUAACAUGCAGCUUCAGUUUUUCAUCGGAUACAGAAAGAUCAAUUAGAACUAUACAAGGGUUACUGAACAAAGUUGAAUUAUCAAUAUCUGCUUAUGACACAACAUGGGCGGCCAUGGUGCCGUCCGGGGAUCUUAAGAAACAAGAAGUUGGAUCAUGGAGCUUAGACUCAAAGGAUUGUCAACUGGUUGAAGAUUCCAUUUCUUCCAGGCUAGCCUCUCUGCUUUCUCUGCGAAAGUGGCGAGGAGUUCCCCAAAUUUGUCCUUUGAAGUUAACGUUUGGGCUCCAACUCAUAGACAUAAUUGAAAAGUUGGGAUUGGAACCAUACUUCAGGCGUGAAAUAGAAAGAAUAUUGGAUGAAACAUACAAGUCAUGGCAGAAGAAGAAUGAAGAAAUUUUCUCCGAUGUCAGUUGUUGUGCCAUGGCAUUUCGAUUUCUACGACUAAGAGGAUACGAUGUUUCUGCAGCAGAUGAACUGGUGACCUUCGUAGAUCAAGAAUUAUUUUUCAGUACAGUAAGGCCGAUGUUCACAAAUGUGACUACUAUUCUGGAGUUGUACAAAGCUUCCCAGCUGAUUAUAUAUCCAAAUGAAGAACCUCUUGAGAGAAUCCAGGCUUGGACAACAACUUAUUUGAAGGAUCAGUUGCUAAAUCAGUACAUAAUCGACAAGAAGUUACAUAAAGAGGUGGAGUUUACUCUCAAGAAUUAUCAUGGCACGUUAGCGCGGGUAUUGAACAGGAGAUGUAUUGAGCUAUAUGACAUUGACAAGCAUCACAUUCUUAAAACAUCUUACAGAGACCUUCUAACCUUGGCAAUACAAGAUUUUAACAGUUGUCAGGCCCUCCAUCAAGCUGAACUCCAAAUACUUGAAAGAUGGUACGAAAAGAACGAAUUGCAGAGUUCAAGAAUCCCAAAACGUGUUCUACAAUCGAGUUAUUUCAUGAUUACUGCUGAUGCCUUUGAGCCAGAAUUAUCUGAUGCUCGAAUCUCAUAUGCUCAGACCUGUGUCCUAGUCACAGUGGUAGAUGAUUUAUUUGAUAAUUGUGCUCCAAGAGAGGAAUUAGUCAACCUUAUCCAAUUGGUUAAAAAAUGGGACAAGAAUUCUUUCACUCAAUGUUGCUCCAAGCAAGUCAAGCUUUUCCUUUUGGCACUUUACAACACAGUAGAUGAGCUUGCUGAAAAAGCUUUUGUUCACCAAGGGCGAUGCAUAAAGCAAGACUUGAUUAGCAUGUGGCAGGAAUUGCUGGAGGGUAUGUUGACAGAGCUAGACUGGUGGAGAGAAAACUCAGCACCAACCAUUGAUGAAUAUUUAUCUGUUGGACGCACAACUAUUGGGGCCAAAAUCUGCGUUCUUACGGGAGCUUAUUUUCUUGGACCAAAAUUAUCAGAGGAUAUUUUAAACAGUGAAGAAAUGAAAAGCUUAUGGACGCAUGCCUCCACAGUUGGACGACUCCUUAAUGAUAUCCAAACACAACAGAAAGAGCUCGAACAAAGAAAACCAAAUAUUGUGUCCAUGCAUGUGGCUAGAGGUAAUGGUGUCAUAACAAUGGAAGAGGCUACAACAAGGAUAGAGGAGAAUAUUGAAAGAGGCCGAAGACAACUGCUACAGAUGGUUCUUCAAACAAAUGGAAGCCAGGUUCCAAGAGUGUGCAAGGAUUUUUUCUGGACAACCUGCAAGAUAUGCUUUUAUUUGUACAAGUUCACCAAUGAGUAUGAUUCUCCGAAAGAAAUAGUUAGUGACGCGAAAAAAAUAAUUUAUGAGCCCAUCAAACUCCCCAAAAACAUUUUCUGAUUUGCAAGAAAAACCAAGAAACUAAAAGGAAUAAGCAGUGAAAAGAUGCCCAUCCACAACAUUCAACCAUUUAUGCAUUGCAUUCUGUUUUU